UCUCUUUCCUACAGCUACCAAGACAAUUUUCCUUUUAAAAGUCGUUUUUAUUUCAACAGGUCAUGCUGCCAUCUUCUCUAAACUUUCCACAAUGGCUUGCCGAUAACAAGCACCGUUUACAGCCACCCGUGUUCCAAGAAGGCGCCGACUACCUGAUAAUGGUAGUGGGCGGGCCCAAUUCGCGUACAGACUUCCACAUCAACCCAACGGAAGAAUGGUUCUACCAGCUACACGGCCGCAUGCUCCUGCGAAUGGCCGACCCAGAAACACACGAGAUAAAGAACGAGUAUAUCGAGGAGGGCGGCAUGCUAUUACUGCCUGCGAUGGUUCCCCACAGCCCUAAUCGGUUUGCCGAUACGGUCGGACUGGUGAUUGAGCGCAAGAGACCGGGGCAGAGGGAGGCUAUGCGCUGGUAUUGUGAGAUGUGGUUUUUUUGUGAGAGCUUGGAGAGAGAUUUGGUCCCAGUUAUUGAUGAGUACAAGGGCUGUGAGCGGCUGCGGACUUGCAAGGAGUGCGGGUAUUUGAAUCCGACAAGUUACACGCCCUCAUCCUCCUGAUAGUCUUCAUGGGAGAGUUGUUUUCUUCUUCUUUUUGGAGAUAGUGGUUUUUUUGCAAGGGACCCCAUCCAGACCCUCAUGCUUCCUGCAUAAAUAAAGUGUGCUUACACUCUCUCUACCCCCCCAUCCACCUCAGUUCAUAACAGAAUAGUGCAGUGAGCAAUAUGCGCACCGACAUUUCUUUCAUUUCUGUAUUGCUUCAUUCAUCAACUUUGCGUCUUUCCAGCUU